CUUCUCCUAAUCAAGCAGUGAGAUGGCAAUGCCCUGAUAUUCACGUCGAAAAUGGUUUCUCUGCCUGGCACAAUGUGCUAGUUUACCUAUCUAGAGUCGCCCAUGGUGUCCACAGGCCAUGGAAACAGAGGCUUUGAAGGCGUCUUUGUUGGAUGUUGUCGUGCCGCAAGACACCACCACAGAUCUUACUGAGUUGCUGGAGAUCUACUCAGAGACACCGAAUGACACUGAUCGCCUCGUCAGCCUUAAAGAAAGAGACACCUUGUUCUUUGAUGAAAAGCUAAGGACACUUGCCAUCCUCCAAGUGCCUCAUUGCGACGAGGAUGUGCUGAAAGCUCUCCUGGCACGUCUCUCAUACAAAAUAGACGCCUGGGCUCUCGAUGAUUCCGUUGGCAAUGAACUGCCAGCCAAUCCCUCGACCCCGGCAAGGGACCUUAUCUCUUCCUACGAAGGCAUUCAGGAAAAUGAACCUUUAGUUUUGGCCAGUCAAUCAGGCGACAAUGGUCGCACAUUGACUCUUGUAUGGGAAAUUCAUGUUUCGUUGAACAGGCCUAGGUUUCGCGUCCCUCAGCCUGCCAUCGUGCUUAUCCCUUCUGCCACAAUUAGUGCUCAGCAGCAGGACGAGCAUCGGAGGGACGACGACCUCACCCCCUUCCAACCCCUUGAAGCCAACCUGCUGGAGCCAAUGCGGUUCAUCCCGGGCUUCCAACAGAAUCCUCCUUACUUGGCUGCUUCACGGCUCGAGAGAGUACUUCCACUCACCGCGACACACAAAUCACGGUUCCAUAUCCAACACGUCCCAUCCCGGCGUCACAAGGCGGUCCCGGCGGCGAUUGCACGCAUUCGAUACAACAGGAUCAAUGCAUCCUCACCCUUGCCCACCAAUAUCGCUCUCUUGGACAUCGAGAUCAUUCCAUUUGUACAGAUCAAUGCCACGGUGGAGGCCGUUGAGCUUGCACUCAAAAAUGGCCGCGUGGAACCAAUCAUGCCAGACUUUCUGCCGAUACAGUGCCAUUCUGGAGACUGUGUCACGCUAAUCCAUAAACUCCAACAGGAUCUGAGCACGAGCGAUUCACCUGUCGUAUCUGUGAAUCCCAACAUCGAUGUUUUGUCCAUCAAAGUUCGACUGUCUGUGCAUUCUAGUGAAGAGUGCCACCCAUCGAUCAGCAUGGACUGGACGACGCAUGUGGAUUUCAGUCAAGCCCUGAACCCGUCGUUCGGUCCUCCUUCACAACCUAUCCAGAGACCCAAUCGACCGACAAGUUUGCCCGCCAUAAAUGGCACUGACAGUUCGACUGCGCCACCAAUCGACAAUGCGUUGAGUUUCACACCAAAUUCGGCCGUUGUGGCAAGAAGCGGGUUGUCUAUAUCGUUUACUGCUAUUGAGAGUGUGGUCGAGGUGGGUGUGCCUUUUAGCUGGAAGGUCAUGGUUGUCAACAACUCUCCGAGGGUCGCAAAAAUUACCAUCAUACCGUUGCCUCGAAUGCAAAGGCAGACGACCCAGGCACAGUCGAUGGCGAAACGGCAUGCCCCAAAGUCAUCCACGGCGUCCUUCCAUCCGAGCGAGAGACGGCAUUGCAAGAACGAAGACGGCGUAGACAUUGCCCAGGCAGUUGUGGACGAAAACGUUGUAUAUGCCAUGCAUCAUUCCAACGUGGUUCCACCGGAGACCGACCUCAUGGCUCUGACGGCCGAGCUGAGGAUCGGCCCCCUCGGUCCGGGACAGUGUCACGAAAGCGAGAUACAAAUGGUGGCUUUCAACGCAGGGUCGUUGAAAGUCGACGCCAUGAGGGUCGUGGAUCUGAUCCGAGAGGCCGAACAGGGCACCGCCGCUCCGGGUGUAUUGGUCGACAUCAAGGACUUGCCUGGAGUUGUCGCCAUAAAGUCGGUCUUAUGAUAGAGACCUAUGGUUGGGGCUAAGAAAAGCCUCCCGAU